AGUUAGAAAGUAUUUUGAACAUAACCACCAUUUAGCUCAUGCUGUUUGAGAAUUUUAAAGUAGAUAUUCAUUAAAGAAAGUUGUGAGUGUUGAUCGAAAUGGAGUAUACAGUGGGAAGUUUGGCUGAUCUUAUAUCAGGAACGAAUACACCUGAUAAGCCAAAAGUGGUCAAGAAGCAAUUUAUAAAGAAUGAAAAAGUUGAUAGUACUAAUGGAAUCGAUAAGAAACCUAAAUUGAAAGAUGCUGUUAAGAAAAAAAAAUCUGAAACAGGUAAUUCAGUCGAGUAUGAGCUUGUCAAAAAGACCAAAAAAUUGAAAAAACGGAAAGCUGAUGAUUUGCCCGACUCCACAGAUGAUGUUAAAAUUAUUAAAAAAAAGAAACGUCGCGUUGAUUCAGCUGACAGUGAGAAUGAGAGAAGUAGUGAAAAUUACCAAAAUCUGGAGCAAUGUGAUUUACCAGACUCCACUGGUGUUAAGAAAACUAAAAAGAAGAAAAGCAAACUCAACAAAAACUCAGAUAUAGCUGACAGUGACGAUAUGAAAAGUAGUGAAAACUUGCAAAAUGCAAAAAGACGUGUUGAGAAAGCAAUUGAGAAAAAGAAAAAAGUUUAUAGUGAGGAAGACACUGCUAGAACCAUAUUUGUAGGCAAUGUGCCUAUUAAAACAGGCAAGAAGGUAUUGAAGGAGCAUUUCCGGAAAUAUGGGCCGAUUGAAAGUCUUAGGUUCAGAGGAAUUCCUGUGGCCGAUCCAAAAACUGCAAAGAAAGUUGCCGCCAUCAAAAAAGAAUUCCACCCUGACAGAAAUUCUAUCUUAUGCUACAUCAGGUUUGCCAAUCAAGAAGAUGCUAUCAAAGCUGAAGCUGAAAACGGUGCUUUACUUCAAGGGCAUCAUCUGAGAGUGCACUCUUGCAAUUCCGAGCAAAAACCAGAUGAAACAAAGGCAAUAUUUGUUGGAAAUUUACCUUUCAAUGCCGAAGAGGAGGAGUUGUGGAAAUUAUUUGAGACAUGCGGACCUAUAUCUCAUGUUAGAAUAGUCAGAGAUUCCAGGACAGGAAUGGGCAAAGGAUUUGCUUAUAUCAAUUUCAAAGAUUCUGACUCAGUUCAGUUAGCAUUGGAAAUGGAAAAUGUUAUGCUAAAAAACAGAGAACUCAGAAUAGCACUUUCGAAUCUUGAUACCGCCAAGAAAAAUAGAAAAAGGAACAAAAGUAAAUCGGUAACCAAACCAGGGACACUAGCCAAAAAACCUUUCAACAAAAACAAACAAUUUAUCAAAAAAGAAAAUCAAUACAAAGAAAUAUCUGGAGGAGAUGACAAAUCCAAUCAACAAAGUAUAGAAAAUUCCGGAUUCCAGGGUAAAUUCUCCGAUAAGAAGAAGAAAUACAAAGUUAACAAGGGAGCUCUGGAAAAGAAAAAGAAGAUGAAGAAAAUAGCACCCCAUGCAAAAUGAUUGUGUUUACAAAGUAAUUCAUGUUGGAAUUUUACUAUUCACCUAUCAACAUUGUAAAUAUUUGAAAUUUGUUAAAUUACAUGAAUACAUUUUAUAAAUCUGAAAAACCAGUGAAUAAAAUGUAGACAUCAAAUUUCAUAGGGAAAAAGUUA